CCGGAGUUGAAUCUCUGCUGAGGUCAUUUUGGGGUUGUCUGCAAGACAGAUCCCGAGGAGGAGGGCGCAGUAGAGUGUGUGUAUGAGCGUGUGGCAAUACGGGGAGAACCAGUCAUCGGACAUCGGGAUUUGACUGGAUUUCAUAAAGGUUUUUACAGCUUCGAGAAGACGCGCUCUUCUGACCAGUAACCUCUACCGGGCAAACUCAUUGCUGCCUGACAAGAAAUUAACUAGCUAUCUGCAUCAUAUAUAUUUAGGCUACUCACCCACCACGAAUCCGAACAGGAGCAGCCAGCGCUAUAGCAGCUAGCCAGCGGAGUUGUAGCUUUCCAGCUACCGAGCCACCUUUCCCUUCUCGAAGUGCCCCCGAUGGCGAAGAACACUCUAUCUUCACGGUUCAGGAAGGUGGACAUUGACGAAUACGAUGAGAAUAAAUUUGUGGACGAUCAAGAGGACGCUUCUGAGCAACAAGGACCGGACGCUACGGAGAUCGACAGCCUCAUCAGGCAAGGAGACGUGAUGUCGGCGUUCCACAUGGCUCUGAGGAACCCCCCGAUCCACGCCAAGAACCCUGCCGUGAAGGAGAGGGCGCAGGCGACAGUGCUGAGGGUCCUGACCUCGUUCAGGGGCGGGGAGAUUGAGCCGGCCGUCAGGUCUCUGGACCGGAACGGCGUGGACCUGCUGAUGAAGUACAUCUACAGGGGGUUCGAGAAGCCCUCCGAGAACAGCAGUGCCAUCCUGCUGCAGUGGCAUGAAAAGGCUUUCGCUGUGGGAGGACUGGGGUCUAUCGUUCGCGUUCUCACAGCCAGGAAGACUGUCUGACAGAGCGCCCACACGUUGCGGAGGAACAGGAAGAUGAAGAGGAAGAGGAGGAGGAAGACGGGACAAAGAUUCACUGGAGAGGAAGAGGAAUGGAAACGGGACAAGGGACUGUUUCUGCGGAAGGAACCCGCAUCGGGGUCACGCGGCAUUCCUUUCCAGCGGGAGACUCUAAAUUUAAACCACGAGAUAAGAAAGGAAGAGUAUAAAUAUAUAUACACAUACAAAAAAAAUUAAGGAAGUAAUAUUUUGAGUGAAGAGAUAUACUGUAUAUGUUUGAAUGAUUUUUACUGCGUCUGUUGCUAAGGACGACAAGCAGGCGAGCUCUUGUAUGUAACAGACGUGUGAAGUACUUUAUCAUGCAGCUGCAAGGCCCUUCGCAUCAUCAGUCCGUUAAAGAUUUUGUCUUUUUUUUUUUUUAAUAAGGAUGGUUUAACAAAUGUGAACAAAAAAAGUGCACUUGGUUUGCACUUUAUUAGGUAGACCUGUACACCAGCUUGUCAAUGCAAAUAUUUAAUCAGCCAAUCAUGUGGCAGCAUGACAACAGCAGCAGUUCUGCGGGAAAAAAAAGAAAAAAAUGCCUUGUUAAUGAGAGAGGUCAAAAAUACCUAAUAAAGUGCUCACUGAGUAUGUAUAACAUUUAAACAAGCUGCAGAAAAUAUAAAGAAAGGAAAUUUGCAGCCAAAAGCAGGAAGGUGCUGUGAGAUCAGUAUCGGGUGGGAAGGAGGGGUGUGUUCAUUCGGUGUGUGUGUGUGUGUGUGUGUGUGUGUGUGUGUGUGUGUGUGUGUGUGUGUGUGUGUGUGUGUGUGUGUGUGUGUGUGUGUGUGUGUGUGUGUGUGUGUGUGUGUGUGUGUGUGUGUGUGUGUGUGUGUGUGUCAGGAGGGAUGCAUUUGGUGUGUGUGACUUGGUACUGCGUGCGUGCGCGAGUUCAUUCAUUUGGCUGUAAGUUGCAUUGAAAAUGGAGCCCCCCCCAUUUUCAUUUUUGUACAGACAAAGAAGUACAUUUAAUAUAAAGCAAAGGAGGUCAUUUGAAUUAUGUGGGG